UCUUAUAAUAAACACUGGGAUUGUCACUGCCUCUGGUGUCUGCCCUCCAGUUCAUGAUGGAGGGGUCCUUUCUCUGCCUGGUGACGGCUUUCCUGGUCAGUUUCCCGACUCCUUCCCAGAGCCAACUCUACUCCAUGAUUGUCCCCAGUGUCCUGUGGGUGGAGAGUAAAGAGCAGAUUGUGGUGGAAGCUCAUGGGCUCAAUGCUGUUACAAACGUGACCAUUACUAUCCGUGAUUUCCCACAGAAGAGGAACAUCUUGUGCGAAACCAAAGCUACCAUGAACUCAGACAAUGGCAUGAUGGUGACUCCUCUCAUAGAGGUUCCUGCAAAAGACCUAAAGAAGGAUUCCAAGAAAAACCAGUAUGUUAUUGUCCAGGCUUCUUGUCUUCAUUUCACACUUGAGAAGGUGGUUCUGGUCUCCUUCCAAAGUGGCUAUAUUUUUACCCAGACAGACAAAACUAUCUACACACCUGGGUCAGAAGUGCGCUAUCGUGUCUUCUCUAUGGGUCAUGGCUUGGAACGUUUGGACAAAAAUGUGAUAGUUGAAUUUGAGACACCAAAAGGAGUUAUUGUCAACCAGAAUAGUUUCAAUUCUGAAACACAGAUUAAGCAGUCAUACCAUCUACCUGAGACUGUCAGUUUGGGAACCUGGAAUAUUGUGACUAAAUAUCAAGAUUCCCCACAGGAGACCUUCAGAACACCAUUUGACGUCAAAGAAUAUGUGUUGCCAAGUUUUGAAGUUGAUAUUGAACCAGCUGAGAAGUUUUAUUAUAUUGAUGCCACGAGAAAUUUUGAUGUGGCUAUCACUGCAAGGUACCUUUAUGGAAAGGCAGUGGAAGGUGUAGCCUUUGUUCUCUUUGGAGUGAAAAUUGAUGAUGAGAAAAAGAAUAUUGCAGACUCACUCAGGAGAAUUCCAAUCCAAAAUGGGAAAGGGAAUGCAGUGCUAACAAAAGGCAUGCUUCAGACCCGAUCUCACAAUGUUAAUGAGCUUGUUGGGCACUCUCUCUACAUCUCUGUAACAGUGAUAACAGAAUCAGGGAGCGACAUGGUGGUGGCUGAGAGAGGUGACAUUAACAUAGUGACAUCUCCUUAUCAGAUCCUCUUCACAAAAACCCCCAAAUUCUUCAAGCCAGAGAUGCCCUACGAACUGAUGGUGUUUGUCACCAACCCUGAUGGUUCCCCAGCUGCCCGUGUCCCUGUGGUAUCAGAACCCAUUCGGGCUGAGGCAACCACCCAGAACGACGGGACAGCCAAGCUGGUCCUGAACACACCAGCAGACACACAAGAGCUAACAAUCACUGUAAAAACCAACCAAGAGAGACUCCCGGAUGAACGCCAGGCAACCAAGACCAUGGUGGCUACAGCCUACCAAACCCAGGGAGGGUCUGGAAACUAUCUUCAUUUAGGAAUUACGGCUACAGAGCUUAAAGCUGGAGACAACUUAAUGGUCAACUUCAACAUAAAAAGCAACAAAAAUGUACCUUUAGGGAGCCAAGUCAAAUAUUUGACCUACAUAAUCUUAAGUAAAGGGAGAAUAAUCAAGGUUGGGAGGCAACCCAGGUCUGCCGGGCAGCAUCUCGUGACUAUGUCUCUGCCCAUCACCCCCAUUCUCAUCCCUUCCUUCCGAAUUGUGGCUUACUACCAAGUGGGGAACAGCGAGAUUGUGGCCGACUCUGUCUGGGUGGAUGUGAAGGAUACCUGCAUGGGAACGCUGGUUGUGAAAGGAGCAACUAAGGCUGACGAUCACAUUCAUCCUCCAAGUAGCCAAGUGACUAUAAUAGUGGAAGGGGAUGCAAAAGCUCGGGUCGGCCUUGUGGCUGUGGACAAAGCUGUCUAUGUUCUGAACAAAAAGUAUAAGAUAAGUCAGACUAAGAUCUGGGACACAGUUGAAAAGAGUGACAUUGGCUGUACUGCUGGCAGUGGUAGGAACAAUAUGGGUGUGUUUGAAGAUGCUGGGUUGGCCUUGGAGACCAGCAACAAGCUUUCCACAAAAGAAAGAUCAGAGAUAAAGUGCCCCCAAGUUGCAAAACGAAGACGUCGGAGUUCCUUACAACUCUUUGAGUUUAAAACAAGCAAAGUGGCACAAUAUUCUGCCAAGGGGCUUGGAAAGUGCUGUGAAGAUGGCAUGUAUGACAAUCCCAUGGGAUACAGCUGCGAAAAGCGUGCAGAAUACAUAGACGAUCAAAAUGAGUGCAAGACUGUGUUCCUUGAAUGUUGUCGCUUUAUCAGAGAGAUACGGGAUCAGAAUCAACGGGAGGAAGAACUGCAUCUGGCAAGAAGUGACAAUGACGAAUUCAAUCCGAAUGAGGGUGGUAUUACCAGCAGGACUGCAUUUCCAGAGAGCUGGUUGUGGAAUACACUAGUGUUACCAGAUGCUCCUUAUGAUCAGGAAACCUCAUUUGGGAACAUGUCCAUUUUCCUGAUGGAUUCCAUCACAACCUGGGAGGUGUUGGCUGUGAGCAUUUCAGAAACAAAAGGCAUCUGUGUAGCUGACCCUUAUGAAAUAACUGUCAUGAAAGACUUCUUCAUUGACCUAAGACUGCCUUUCUCGGCAGUCAGGAACGAGCAGGUGGAGAUUCGAGCUAUUCUUUACAACUAUGGAAAGGAACGUAUCAGGGUGCGGGUGGAGCUGAUUCACAACCCGGCCUUCUGCAGCGCUUCCACUGCUAAGCAGCGUUACAGGCAUGAUGUCUUUGUCAGGGGCCAGUCCUCCACAUCAGUGCCGUUCGUGAUGGUCCCGCUUGAGCUUGGAUCCCAUGACAUCGAGGUCAAAGCUGCUGUCUGGAAUUUGGUGGUGGGCGAUGGUGUGAGGAAGAAGCUCCGGGUUGUGUCUGAAGGGAUGCAGAGAUCACUUGUGCGUUUCAUUGAGUUGGAACCCUCUAUAAAAGGAAAAAAUGGACUCCAGGAAGAAUUGGUGGAAGCUCGUCAUUUAUAUGAUAUUGUUCCUGGAACAGAAACUGAGACCAAAAUUAGUGUCCAAGGAGACCCUGUGGCUCAUAUUGUGGAAGAAUCCAUUGAUGGAAGUAACCUGAAACAUCUCAUCAUAACACCUUCCGGCUGUGGGGAGCAGAACAUGAUCACCAUGACACCAUCAGUUAUUGCCACCCACUACCUUGAUGCCACCAAUCAAUGGAAGAAAGUGGGUGUGAAUCGUAGGAGUGAAGCCACCAAGCAGAUCCUUCAAGGUUAUGCCCAGCAGUUGACAUACAGAAAAGCAGACUAUUCCUAUGCUGCCUGGACAGACCGCCCAUCUAGCACUUGGCUAACAGCAUAUGUAGUGAAGGUCUUUGCCUUGGCUUCCAAACUUGUAUCAACUAUUAGUGAUACACUUCUCUGUGGAGGUGUGAAGUGGCUGAUUUUGGAGAAGCAAAGGCCAGAUGGGAUUUUCAUUGAAGAGGCCCCUGUGAUUCAUGGAGAGAUGUUGGGAGGCUAUAUGGGUGCUGAACCAGAGGUGUCAUUAACAGCUUUUGUCCUGGUUGCAUUGCUAGAAUCCAAAAGCCUCUGCCAGCAUCAAGUUAAUGUUCUAAAUAGCAGCAUUGACAAAGCUGCAGACUAUUUACUGAAGAAAUACAACACAUUGCAAAGGCCUUAUACCACAGCGCUGACAGCCUACGCUUUGGCCCUGGCAGGGAGACUGAAGGAUGACAGAGUCCUCAUGGCAGCAUCAACAGAUGGGAACCGCUGGGAAGAACAUGGUGCCCACACCUACAACAUUGAAGGCACCUCCUAUGCACUGCUGGCCUUGCUGAAAAUGAAGAAAGUAGAGGGUAUUGACGUUAUUGUUAAAUGGCUGACGGUGCAGAGAUAUUAUGGGGGAACAUAUGGACAAACCCAGGCAACCAUCAUGGUGUUCCAAGCUCUUGCCCAGUACGAGAUUGACAUACCUCCAUCUAAGGGCAUGAAUCUGAGUGUUGACAUCAAAUUGCCAGAACGUCAAUAUCCAAUUAAUUACAGAAUUGACGAUGCGGGUGCGCUUUUGUCCAGGACAACAGAGACCAAACUCAAUGACAAUUUCACUGUGCGUGCCUCAGGCCAAGGAAAAGCAACAAUGACAGUUGAGACACUGUAUCAUGCACAGAUGAAAACAGAUGAAGUUCAAUGCAAGAAAUUCACCCUGGAUGUUAGUGUUGAACCCCUCCAGCUGAGUCAGAAGGAGCUAAAGGGAUCCCUGCAGAUUGUCAAGAUCAAAAUUUGCACCAGGUAUCUUGGUAAUGUUGAUGCCACAAUGUCCAUCAUUGAUGUCUCCAUGCUCACUGGUUUUGCACCUGACAUUAAUGACCUUAAUGGGCUUUCUAAAAGAGUCGACAAAUUUAUCGCCAAGUAUGAAAUUGGCUACGCCGAAAGGGGGAAUCUUAUCAUUUACUUGGACAAGGUCUCUCAUUCAAAUGAUGAAUGUGUGCACUUUAGAGCUCACCAGUUUUUUGAAGUCGGUCUCAUUCAGCCAGCAUCCGUGAAGGUGUACAGCUAUUAUAAUCUAGACGAGCAGUGCAUCAAGUUCUAUAAUCUGCCCAAAGAAAGUUACCUCCUUAGCAAGAUAUGCCAUGGUGAUAUUUGCCGGUGUGCAGAAGAAAGCUGCUCCUUGAUCAACAAUAUAAAGGAAGAUUUCAGUCUGCUGGAACGAGGUCAACUGGCCUGCAAAUCAGGAGUGGAUUAUGUAUACAAAGCCAAGCUGGUUCGAAUAGAAGAGGAAAAUGGCUAUGACUACUACUUCAUGCAAGUCCUGGAAAAGAUUAAAGAAGGGACUGAUCCAAAUCCAAAAGUGAGUCCUCGCAAGUUUAUCAGCCAGAUGAAAUGCAGGGAAACUCUGAAUCUGCAGGAGAAUAAGGACUAUCUGAUCUGGGGCCUCAGCGAUGACUUGUGGCCUGCAAAGAAAGAUUUUUACUACCUUAUAAGCAAAGAUACCUGGAUUGAGAGGUGGCCAAGUGAGGAUGAAUGCCAAGAUGAAGAAUUUCAGAACCUAUGCAAUGACUUAGACCGAUUGACAUAUUCAUUGACGCUUUUGGGCUGUCAGGUCUAACUGAAGUUGCUUGCUGUGUAUUAUUCAUAGAAAUCUUCCUGAAGAUUUAUCUUUUAUCUUAUUUUUGCUCCCUUUUCUCCCUUCAAAUUGUUUAUGCAUAAAAUAAAAGUCUGAUUUCA